AUGUACAACCACCGGUCCAGCAUUCUGCGAUCCUACAUUAUAGCAGCGGGCACUCUGCUAUGUCUGGGUGCUCUGCUACUUCACUACUCUGCAAGGCAAACACCUUUAACCCCAUCCGACGUCCUAGACACCCGGCGGUUUGACGACGAAUUUCCACGAAAGAUAUGGCAGACAUGGGAACAAUACCCGCAGGACAUGGACGACGAGCUGCAGAGACUAUCGAAGACAUGGACGGACAUGAAUCGGGAAUAUCGCUAUGAGCUCCUGACCAGCGAGUCUGCCACAACAUACGUGCGAGAGCAUUUCAAAGAGCAGCCGCAAAUAAUCCAGGCAUUCGAGAAGAUUGACCACCCAAUCCUUCGAGCCGACCUGAUCCGAUACUUGACGCUGCUUGCGGAAGGCGGCGUUUAUACCGACAUCGACACGGACUGCUCAAGGCCAAUUCGAGAAUGGGUUCCGCAAGGCUUGCUGAAUGUAAGCAAUGUUGUCUUGGGCAUUGAGAUCGAUUCGCGAGGUGAAGAGCCCAGGCCAGACUUGAAAGUGCCUGCAGGCCUUUGUCAGUGGACAAUUAUGUCGAAACCCCAACAUCCCGUUAUACAGCAUGUUGUGGACCAGGUUGUCACACAGCUGAACGACUUCGAGGAGGACAACGAAAACUCCGCCGUGCUUACUUACGAUGUUGUUAUGAAGACCACGGGACCACGAGUGUUCACGGCUGCUAUUCUGAACGCUUUGACCAAACGGACUGGCCAGAACAUCACCUACAAGGACCUUUCCGAAAUCGACAGGCCCAAGCUGAUUGGCGACGUGCUAAUUCUACCCGUGAGCGCUUUUGCGUCGGGUCAGGAUCAUUCAGGCAGCAAACCAUGGGGCAACGAGGAGCAACUUGUGUCGCACCACUGGAGGGGCCAUCAGGGCUGGAAUGCUCACGUUGAAGACCAGUAG